AUGUCAAACCUUGUAGGGGAGAGAUAUAUGACAUCUAAAGAGUACUCGAUUUCAGGUGAAAAGAGAUUAUAUUUCAUUUACGAUAAUUUGUUAAUCCGUGCUCCUGGGAAAUACAAAUUCAAAUGUAAAUUACUUGAUCUAGCAGGACCGAAACAUAUAGGUACUUCCAAUGGUGUUACUUCGGUCCUUACUUCCAUCUGUACUGAAUCAUUUAAUAUACUACCGGAAUGGGAACACCACUGCCCGGAACCAUCAACGGAUUUAUGGAAAGAGAUCAAAGAACAAGAUGAGAUCAUAAACUCACAUGAUUCAGAGGUCAAUCAGUUGAUUCGAUGUGGUACUUGGAAGGUGGUUCUUGAGGCAGGAUCAGGAAGAUGGUCUUGGGCAAGUGAGAGAUUGUUGUCUUGA